AUGGCACCGAGGCGGAUGGAAACCAAACCGCUCAUCUUAUGCGUGAAGAUCCUGCUACUGUUCUACUCCUUCAUCUUCUGGGUGACUGGUGUAAUCUUGCUCGCAGUGGGCUUGUGGUGGAGGUUCAUGCUGAGUCCAUAUACACUGUUGAUCUCCAGUGCACCGUCCAACGCUCCCUUCGUCCUCACCGGCACUGGUGUUGCCAUUGUGCUUUUUGGACUAUUUGGCUGCUUUGCCACAUUCAAGGGGCACCCUUGGAUGCUCAAAUUGUAUGCUGUCUUUCUGGGUCUGGUCUUCCUCAUGGAGCUCAUCGCUGGAAUAUCAGGAUUCAUCUUUCGUCACGAGAUCAAAGGCACCUUCCUCACCACAUACAGCGAGGCUGUACUGAGAUACGAUGGAAGAAGCGAAAGGAGUGUGGCUGUGGACGAUGUCCAACGCAAAUUGCAAUGCUGCGGUGUUUAUAACUAUACCACCUGGUUUGCCAGCGAAUACUUCCCAACCAGCGGAAUCCCAGUCAGCUGUUGUGCUACUUUCUCCGACUGCAAAGAAGCAGAUUUGAAGAACGCCACUCUGGCAGCUCGCAAAGUCCACAAGCAGGGCUGUUAUGAGCUGGUGACAUCCUUCAUCGAGAGCAACAUGGGAAUCAUCGCUGGGGUUACCUUUGGGAUCGCAUUCUCCCAGCUCAUCGGCAUGUCUUUGGCCUGCUGUCUGUCUCACUUCAUCCACACUAACACGUACGAGAUGGUCUGAAGAUGUAAGAUCGCUUCAUCCUGGAACCCUGUGGAAUCACAUGCAGCAUUGUCUAAAACGCAAUCAGAGGUCACAUAUGAGGUCACCUUUUGGUUGUUUCCUUUGUUAGUUAAUGAGGUGAUCAUAACACCGUGAAGGCUAAAGUGUUCACUUUACAUUUAACUACAACAACUAUAAAUAUUUUAAGUGCUAAUAUGAAGGCCCAUCAUGUUUGUUAUUGUCAUACAAGAUGUGCCAUUACACAAUAUAAUUAUAUCAAUGUUUACUUAUUGUGCAGCAAACAGCAUGUCCAAACUGAUCCACUCAUUAAAUCCAUUAAUUUAAGGGUUAGUCCGCCAAUGUGUCAUUGAUUUAUAUGCAGUUUAUUAAAUCAUUCAUUGUUGAUUUAUUUUCAACUAUGAAUUAUAACCUUGCUCAGACAUGUCUCAAACAACUGCGGAACCCACCCUACCCUGGUUUUUGAACGUCAGACUAAAAAUUGGGGUUGUUGGGGCAUGGUCUACUGAGUAUUUCCCACUGAUUGGUCCUAUCAAGCAGCACAAGGUAGAGCAUAACUCCAUUAUAAAUGUGAUACAGAGCUUGCUUUGAUUUUGUGGCUGUAGGUACAGUUUAGUAAUCAGUAGGGACAGGAUAACUGAAUGCGAAGACAAUGAUUUUUCUCUACCUUGGCACCAGAGGGGCUCUCCCUUUGAAGGAGAGUGUAAUUUUGACUGUUGUUCUUUGGUCCAAACACACAAUGAAUGAUGGACUGCAGGUUAAUUUACAUCUAUUUGGGAGCUCUUCACUCAAAAUUACAUGCUAUAUUGCCAACCUGCCAGCAAAGUUUGGCCUUCUGAAAUGAGAGAAAUCAAUUAUUUGCUGUUCACAAUUUGUACAUGUAUCUGUACAUAUUUUUUUAUGUAGGCAGACAACUAUAUUGCAUUGUGCCAAGCUAACUAAUGGGAACUCUGAAUUUUUAAGAUUAGUAGUGGUCCGUAGCCUGGUGGCUGGACAGUUUGUUCGAGGUUUUUGCUGUUUAUCUACAAGCAACUGUCUUAAAUUUGCUCAUAUUAAAACUAAAA